ACCAGCAGGGGGUCAGAGGUCAACCAAUGGCAGCAGAUUCCCACAGACAGAGUGAAACUGAAAGGGGUGGGAUGAGAGAGGUUCCAGCUGUAGCGGUUGUCCCAUUAAUGGCGGACACUCCAAAGACUGAGACGAGGACCACAGUGACGGAGAACCAAGCAGCUGCUCCAUCAAGUCCCGCCCCCGCACCAAAAAAGCCGUCUGGGUUGGCUGUCCUUAUGCCAACCGUGGAGAGCUCCUCCCUUAGACAAGUGUACAGCUGUCCAGAGUCCUUGCAGAGGCUCCAGAGCUCAAGGCCCAAGCCCCAGUAUGUCUGCCCUGCCCGUGGACCGGCUGUUGGGAAGACCUGCAGUGUGUUGGGAGGGGCUAGUCCAGUUGCAGCCAGUGGAAUACAGAUCAUAGUAGUCCCUACUACAGCAGAAAGGACCCGGCCCAAGUCCCAUACCAAAACUUGUCAUAAGGUCAUAGAUGACGUUCCCCCCCAGCCAGCUCCUUUCCUUCACCGCUGUGUGUCGUUGCGAUCCAACCCCCCAUCUGACACCUUCGUCAUCCACACCAGAGAGGUGCUGGGGAGCGGACGCUUUGGCAAGGUGCACAAAUGCACUGAAAAAUCCUCUGGACUAAAGCUCGCAGCUAAGAUAAUCAACACACGAACUGCUAAAGAAAAGGAAAGGGCAAAUAACGAGGUGCAGGCAAUGAACCAGCUGAGUCAUCCCAACAUCCUCCAGCUCUACGAUGCCUUUGAGGCCAAGCACCAGCUGGUGUUAAUUCUGGAAUAUGUUGAAGGCGGGGAGCUGUUUGACAGGAUUGUGGAUGAGAGCGCACCGCUGACCGAGGUGGACGCCAUGGUGUUUGUCAAGCAGAUCUGUGAAGGGGUCAGCUACAUGCAUCAGAUGUACGUCCUCCACCUCGACCUGAAACCGGAGAAUAUCCUUUGUGUGAAUCGAACUGGCCAUCAGGUGAAGAUUAUCGACUUUGGGCUGGCAAGAAGAUACAGGCCUCGGGAGAAGCUCAGAGUCAAUUUUGGAACCCCUGAAUUUCUGGCCCCAGAGGUGGUCAACUUUGAUUUUGUGUCCUUUCCCACAGACAUGUGGACCUUAGGGGUCGUCACUUAUAUGCUUCUAAGUGGCCUUUCACCCUUCCUGGGUGAUGAUGAGAGCCAGACCCUCAACAACGUCCUCUCUGCCAACUGUUCUUUUGAGGACGAGGCCUUUGAGCACAUCUCAGCUGAGGCUAAGGACUUUAUCUCCCACCUUCUGGUCAAGGAGAGGGGAGGGCGAAUGAGUGCUUUACAGUGUCUAAGACAUCCGUGGCUCAACAACAUUGCAGAGAAGGCCAAGGGCAGCAAUAUAGUACUGAAGUCCCAGGUCCUGCUGAAGAAAUACCUGGCCAAGAAACUAUGGAAGAAAAACUACAUUGCGAUAGCGGCAGCCAACAGAUUCAAGAAGAUCAGCAGCGGUGGGGAACUGACCUCUCUGGAUACGGAGACGGAUACAGUACCUAUAGCAACGUAACAAUGUCACCCAUUAAUACAGUACCUACACUGCCGCCUUACAAUGUCACCCCCUGUGAAAUCUGUACUGACCUACGCUGGACAAACUGCAUACUUGUAAAGACCUCCCACAUAAUCAGUCAGAGAAGGUACUCUUGUCAUGGUCUGUCUGUGUAAACAAAACAGGACACAGUGUGUGAAUAAAUAGUGGCUACACAACAUAAUUUCACUCAUAAAAUGAGCAGCAAUUUUGUACUUUGAUAUUUUUAUUUUCUUGUGUGGAAAUGUAUGGAAGCGGAUUCAUGCCAAAAGAUAUGACACUACAUCUAUAAAGGAAAUAGUUCAAGUGAUUUUUUAUACGUAACCUUUAUUUAACUAGG